AAUCAUUCGCUUAGCUAAUUUCAAAUCUUCCCCCUUCCGAGUUCCUCCGUCGGCGAUUUUCUCUCCGGUGCCAUCGUCUUGUUCCCGUUGAACGUUUUACCGUUAGCGCAUACCUCAGAUUCAACUGAUUUUUUCCAUUGCAGUUGAUUGUCAAGAGGAAUACUGAACAGAUUUUGCCAUGUCUGCAUCUGCUAAAAGAAGUUCUACAGAUACUCAGGAGAAAGAUCUAAUGCUCGACAAAGACAUGGAAAAGGACACAUGGAACUUUAAGUCAAUGACGGAUGAUGAUCCAAUGGAUUUUGGCUUUGACUCACCAGCAAAAAAUAAGAAGAAUGCCUUCAAGCUGGAUAUGGGUUUCGAUCUAGGUGGAGAUUUUGGAAAUCUAUCAUCAUUCAAAAUGGACAUGCCAGACUUUGAUUUCUCAAGCCCAGCCAAGAAAACCACAAAAACGAAAGAAAGCUCUGAUGAUAAAUCUAGUGAAAAUUCAAAACAGAAAAAGAAUCCAUUUGCCUUCUCUUAUGAUUUUGAUGCGUUAGACGACUUUGAUCUUGGUUCAAGCCCACUGAAGAAGGGAAACAAGAUUAUGAGCAAGAACGUGGAUUGCGAAGAAAUUUCUGCAAGAAGAAAGAUUGAUAAGUCAGACGAUUUGGACUUUGAUCUUGGUUCAAGCCCACUGAAGAAGGGAAACAAGACUAUGAGCAAGAACAUGGAUUGCGAAGAAAUUUCUGCAAGAAGAAAGAUUGAUAAGUCAGACGAUUUGGACUUUGAUCUAGACUUACCAAUAACUAGACAAGCUCCCUCCAAGGCAAAUACAGAUGUACAGGUAAAAGCUUCAGCUGAAAAAGAGAACCAAGGUUCCAAGACUACAGCUACUGUGGUUGUUGAUAGUAGCACACACUCUGAUCAAGCUACAUUAGAGAGCAUGGAAAAUUUGGAGGCGGUGGAAUCACCUCAAGGUCCAAGUUUAAAAACCUCAACAACUCAUACAAUGCCUGUGCAACCUCAAUCCAUAAACACUUCACCAUUUAAGACAUCAUGUUCAAUGGUUGAAGAAAAGGAUGAACCACGUCCUUUAACUGAAACCGCAGCACCCUCGCCAUUACAUGCUUCUGAGACUGCACAUACUGCAGUAAGCAGAGGAACUAGUCCAGGUAUCCAUGAAAUCUACAGGCCUGGCACAAAAGAAGACAGUGCUAAAGAUCUAGAACAGAGCGCCAAGAAUAAAAUGAUUUCCACCAUGGAAUCAAGUUAUGAGAAGACUGAACAAACUUCAGCAAGCAUCUCAUCUCAGCUAUGUUCAGACAAGAUAGAACAUCAAAAGGAAGAAAUGAGUACACAUACUCAGGCAGAAAUACACGAUCACGCUAAUGGAACACUGUGUGUUCCAGAUCCUGGACGUUCUCUAACAACUUUCUCAGGAAAUAUACCACCAGGCACUCGUCCAAGCCAAACUGCCCAGGUAGAAGAUUUGAGUGGAAAGCUACCUCUGGAUCCAUCACACAGCGAGCUAGGGAUCAAUAAUUUGAGGGCCAUGCAAAACAAAGACUCAGGACUCAUCAGAUCCAAGUUCUUUAAGAAGCCAGAAAAACCACAAUCCCAUGUGUUGGAGUCCUCUUCAAUUCAAACAAAGAUGCAGCCAGUUGCCCGAGAAAGGAUUGGAUCGAACUUGAUCCCUUCAAAUGAUAGGAGACGUGAUACUAAAGAUGCGUUACCUGGAUCCAAAACUAGAUCAUGUCCGAUUGAGCUUGUCAACACAGAUUCCGAAAAAAAUGCAGCAAAUCUUAAUCCGACCAGCAGUUCCUAUGAAAAGAUAAUCGACAAGGACCAUUCAAAUCCCAAGACUGUAGAAAAUGUGGCUGGGCAGAUGGAUCAUUUAAAGCUGCAAGCCAAAAAUACAACUAGAGAGAAGUCCAUCUUGCAGAUCAAUAUAAGCUCAAAACUUGAUGCUUCCAGCUUGACUCAGAAGCUAAGCAAACAUUUGAGUUCUGGAGCCGAAUCUUUGCAGAAGUCCAGGAUUGCAUCUCUCGAAAGGCCUAAACUUGGAAAUAUUAUAUCUGAUCUUCGUGCAGUGAAAACUCAAAGGACAAUUGGAGUAAAUAAAGACCAACCGAGUUCUGCAGUGCAACCAGAAGUUAGCUCUUCCAUAAGCAAGGAGAGAAAAACUGAAGCGCCAGUUAAAAAAAGCUCUGAGGUUCAUCAUUUGGCUCCUAGAGACAAAACACAAAUCCUGCACUGCCCAUCUUCUUUAAAGCGGAAAGCUGAUGAGGAUGCAGAUAGGUCACUGAAGCCACAACUUAAACGUUUUUCUAUGUCUCCAAGAGAAAAAAGGAACGUUGAGGAGCUCACACAUAGAGCUGUGCAAGGAAAGUUCUCAAUGCAAGAGAGUAUAAUAGAUAAUGAUACAACAAAAGAACUUGUCAAGGAAAGUCCACGGACUAAGUCUCAUUACCAGAACAUAAACAUGGCAAAUCUGGAGAUCCCAAUCACGGAGAAUGCUGAUAACAUAGAGAAAGCUGAAGCAUACGCAAAAGAACUCGACAAUAUCUGCAACAUUCUGAAGAAGAAACAUGAGGAAGCGAAAGAGUUACUUGUCCGUGCUGUAGUAAACAACAAUAAGCUGCUGAUUCUCAACCAUCCUUUAUAUGAAGACAAGAUUCGUAUGGUCCAGAAGUUCGCAGCCAAGUUGACUAUAAGGGACACAUGAAGAACACUCAAACAACUGUUGCUUUAUGAGGUUCAGUGGAUUUACACCAACACGUUAUCGUCAAACGUACAGAAAGGUUGACGUCACAUUAGUCCAAAGGUAACUUGAUCCUCUUUUCUCAUUUUGCUGGAAAAUAUGUUGGGUUUGAAGUGGUCAAAGCAAGAAUAAUUCAAACCGAGUUUGUAGGAGCAGAGUCGUGAGUCGUGGACUAGAACGAGUCAUGGGUUGUGUUCAGUUGUGUUUUGCUAUUUCUUUGGAGUUAGUUGUUUUGUGUUUCCAGUAGUUGAAGUCUCCGUAUAUAAGGAGCAAGUUGUAUUCUCUUUCAAGUAUCAAUCAGAAAAGCUUUGAUCAA